AUGUAUUCUGUCAUCCUUCUUCUUAUGACGAUAGGAGUUGUCAAUGUCCUAGCAGAUAUACAUCCAAUUGAAAUUCGUGGAAAGCACUUUUAUGAUACUGUCACCAAUGAACCUUUCUUUAUUAGAGGUAUUGAUUACCAACCAGGUGGUUCAAGCGACGUAGCUGAGGACAGAGAUCCAUUAUCAGAUGUUUCAGUAUGUUCGAGAGAUAUUCCUUUGUUUCAAGAUUUGGGAAUUAAUGCAGUUCGUGUCUACUCAUUAAAUCCAGAUUUAAACCACGACAAAUGUAUGACCAUGUUGGCAAGUGCUGGUAUCUAUUUGAUAUUAGAUGUGAACUCUCCUUUAACAAAUCAACAUUUGAAUAGAUACGAGCCUUGGACCACAUACAAUCCAACCUACUUGGAACAUGUGUUCAAAUUAAUGGGUCAAUUUAUGACUUACAAUAAUACAUUUGGAUUCAUUGCUGGGAAUGAAAUUGUAAACGACAAAAGGUCAGCUGAAAGAUCACCUCCUUACAUAAGACAGUUGGUAAGUGACAUGAAAGGAUUCAUUGCUGCUCAUUCACCCAGAACAAUUCCGGUUGGAUACUCUGCCGCUGACGAUUUGAAAUAUAGAGUAUCAUUGUCUAAAUACUUGGAGUGUGAAGAUAAAGAUGCACACGAUUCAUCAGUAGACUUCUAUGGGGUAAACUCUUACCAAUGGUGUGGGGAUCAAGAUUUUCAAAGUUCUGGAUAUGAUAAAUUGGUUGAAGCUUAUAAGGACUACUCAAAACCAGUUUUUUUCUCCGAAUUUGGUUGCAAUGAAGUAACUCCAAGGAAGUUCGGUGAAAUACCAACAUUAUACUCAGAUAAGAUGUAUCACACUUUUAGCGGAGGUUUGGUCUAUGAAUUUACUCAAGAGAUAAAUAACUAUGGUUUAGUGUCUGUUAAUGAGGAAACAGAUGAUGUUUACUUAUUGGAGGACUUCGAGGCGUUGAAAGAGCAAUACAAGCAAACACCACACCCAAGAGCGGCAGAUUUAAAACUAGUGCAAGAUCAAGUUAAGUCUAGAAUAAUGAGCAACAGCCCAUCGUGCGCUAAUAAAUAUACUAACCUUGAUAUCACUGCGAAGGUUGUUCCCAAAUUAGCUACCGAGUUUAUUAGAAGAGGUGUCAAAUGCAACAAAGGAAAAUACGUUGAUCUUGAAAAGAGUGAUUUGGUUUCCAAUAGCAAGUAUUUCGAUGCAAAGGGGAAUCAAUUGAGCAAGGUGCCUAAGAUGUCCGUUGUCAACGAUAUAAACUCUGUAAAACUAAAAGAGCCAGAAAAAAAGGCAUCCAAUUCUGCCACUGGAAUCAAGGCUUCAAAAUCAAACAUAAUCAUUGGUUGUAUUAUGGUAUUUGGUGUAGUGUUAGAUAUGUUUUCUAUCGUUUUUGUAUAG